AUGUUUCCUUUUGCUUAUAUUCCUUAAGACUCAUAAAGUACAAAAAUACUAUACAUUUUUAGGUUCUUUCAACUUUUGUCAACCUUCAUAUACAUAUCAAUGGUAUAAUCAGUAUUAUUAAUAUGGAAACUUCAUCCCCAAUUAUCUAUCUGAUUUUUAAAGAAUAAACUGCUACUAUCAAUAGCCAUAGAUUCACAACCAGCUAAGCAUAAAUUAAAUGACACAAAUUUAGGAAAAAUGUUCAGAAACGUUACACAGAUCCUUAUAAAAUGAACAAAUUGAAACACCAACUACAUUUGACAACCAUUAAUCUGCCAUUUCUAAAAAUCCAGAAACAAUAAUUAUUUUGAACAAAAAGAAAAAGAAAAAAUCUAAAAAAAGCAAAAGUUUUAAAAAAGGUACUCCAUUUAUUAUAAUUAUUAAGGCCAUUGGACGAAUAAAGAGCAUAGACUAUAUGAAUAGUUUAUAUUGAAUCAUAAAGAUAUUAUGUCAGAUUCAGAUUAGAAGAAAAUGAAACAAAUAUUUAAGAAAAUGUCUGAUUUCAUAAAAUCUAGAUCUGCGAGUCAGUGUAGAUCUCAUCAUCAGAAAUUCGAUCCUAAAAAGCAAUAAAUUAUAGUUGCUGGAAAGAAUUCAAAUUAAUUUAAGAUUGCUAACGAAUGA